AUGGCAGCGCCGGCGAUGGGAUCGUUCAAAAAGGCUGCGCCGGCUCCAGAUCUACUUGCAGCCGAACCGCAGAAGGUGAAGAGCUUCGCGAGCACCGUCCAACCUGGACUGGAGCAUCGCCCCUUCUCAGAUGAAGAGAUCAAGGAGGCGUUUGCAACCUUUGACCUCGACAACAACCGCUUCGUGGGAGCUGCAGAGAUCUCGCACAUCCUCAAGCUCAUCGGCGAGGAGGUGUCUCACCAGGAGAUCGAUGAAAUGAUUCGGAUGUGCGACACCGAUGGAGAUGGACAGGUCACAUUUGACGAGUUCUACAAGAUGAUGACUACUCCAGCGCCACCUCUGCCUCCGGAGGUGAGAUCGACAAAAAAGAAGCCCUACUCCACCAAGCUCGGUGGGGCAAAGAGAUAUGCGAAGCAGCUCACGGAGUCAGGCCCAACCUCUUUAGAGAAGGCUACGGCUGAGCUCUCAAAGAACAAGGGCGAUUGGCGUGCGCAGCAGAACGCUGCCGCGGAAAUGAAGCAGCAACGAGCCAUGAGCGUCGAGCAGCUCAUUCACAAGCUUUCUGGUGGCAUGGGCAAGAUCAAGCCUUCACAGAUCAAAAAGAUCUACAAGCGCUUCGGGGACGGGCUCGUCUGUGUGUUUGUCGUUUGUCAUCCCACAGUCUUGCUCUUGAACUCUUGCGACGGGUGGGAGGGUUGCCCAGGUCUGCAAAGACCCCCUCACGCACUGUAA